AUGUCGGCAGGCGGAGCGGCGACAGAAGCAACAGCAGCAGCUAGUCAUGAAACCAUAGCAGCUGCCUCAGAACUCGAUGCACUCGGCGUCAAUAUCGUUAGUCAGGCGCAUCUCGAACAGACCGUCGCGCAGCAAGCCGAUACGCUACUGAAUGCACGCGAUGAUGAGCUGGACAACAGACGGCUCGACAAGGCACACAAGGAGCUUGCCACACUGGAAAAGAAGAUGGGCGUAUUGGAAGAACGUCUAGAGAGCACACGAACAACAGUCAGUGUCAAGGUGGCAUUGCGCGGACAGUUGCCAGUCUUGGCCGAACAACGCGAUGCGCUACGUCAAGAUGUGUCCGAGAUUGAAGAGCGACUACGGGAGCGGAAGCAGAAGAAGCAGGCGAAAGCGCAGCAUCCAAAGCCUUCAGAGGAAGGACCACCUGAACGAGAUGACACGGAGACUGAACGUGCCUAUCUGAUCCGUACAGGCAAGAUUACGCCUUUUGCAAAGAUUGCAGGGCUCGAACGAUCCAACACGACGGAAGAGACUGACAUGGCGCGCCCAGAGGAAGGCCAGACGUCAAUCAGCAAGGAGAUGUCGCAUCAGACUUUGCGGCAACCUGGAUUUGCGCCAGCUAUGACAAAGCCCGUCAAAGCAGAGCCUGCCUUGCAUGAGUUGUUUGACCAAACAGAGACUGAUGAACAAAUGGCAGCCCCACUCGCUGAUGUAGAUGAUGGUAACGAAGCGCGGUAUCAGCAACGUCUGUCACAAUGGACACGAACACGCGCCAAAGCGCGCGCAGCACAAGGUGCAGGAGUAGACGAAGACAUGGACGAAGUCUUGCAACCGCAUCCGACAGAACCAUCGUUGGCUUUCAACGGUGGAUUUCAAAUACCAGGCGACAUUCAUCCUUCCUUGUUUGACUAUCAAAAGACGUGUGUGCAGUGGCUCUGGGAGCUCCAUGCACAAGGGUGUGGCGGUAUCAUCGGCGACGAGAUGGGCCUCGGCAAGACUGUGCAAGUCAUUUCAUUCCUUGCGGGACUCUCGCAUUCAGGCAAGUUGGAUGGGCCUGUGCUCAUUGUGGCACCAGCAACAGUCAUGCAGAUGUGGGUCAAGGAGUUUCACAAAUGGUGGCCACCCCUUCGUGUCUGUAUUUUGCAUUCUUCAGGGGAAGCGACGCGUGCUGGCUCAAAUGUUCGCAAAGUGGUGCAGAAUGUGGUGAAUGAGGGACAUGUCCUUGUCACGACCUACGCUGGCUUGACCAGUUAUCGCGAGAUGCUCGGACCGGUCGCAUGGUCGUAUGCCAUCUUGGACGAAGGACACAAAAUUCGUAAUCCUGAUGCAGAGGUAUCGCUUGCUGCAAAACAACUCAGAACGGUGCAUCGCUUGAUUCUCUCUGGCACACCCAUCCAAAACAAUCUCACGGAACUAUGGAGCUUGUUUGACUUUUGCUUUCCAGGCAGACUUGGCACGCUGCCCAUCUUUCACGCUCAGUUUGCGUUGCCCAUCAAUAUUGGUGGGUAUGCGAAUGCAUCAAAUGUGCAAGUGCAAACAGCAUUCAAGUGUGCGUGUGUCUUGCGCGAUCUUAUCAGUCCAUACCUGCUGCGCCGUAUGAAGGCGGAUGUCGCUGCUGAUUUGCCCAAAAAAUCAGAGCAAGUCUUGUUCUGCAAACUCACAGACAAGCAACGUACUGCAUAUGAACGAUUUUUGGCAAGUGGAGAGAUGGAGGCCAUCUUGAACGGUAAGCGACAGGUACUUUUUGGCGUGGAUGUAUUGCGCAAGAUUUGUAAUCACCCAGAUCUCGUUGACCGCUUGCAAUUACAGAAACGCAGUGAUUAUGGCGAUUCAAGCAAAAGUGGUAAGAUGCAGGUUGUCAAGGCUUUGCUGGAGCUGUGGAAGCGGGAAGGACAUCGAACCUUGUUGUUUGCGCAGGGAAGGCAAAUGCUGGAUAUUCUGGAACGGUAUGUGGUGAGUUUGGAAGGCUUCAACUAUCGACGCAUGGAUGGAACAACACCGAUUGUGCAAAGACAAGCACUUGUCGAUGAGUUCAAUACCAAUGCAGACAUUCACGUUUUCUUGCUCACAACACGCGUGGGAGGUCUUGGUGUUAACUUGACUGGUGCUGACCGCGUUGUCAUCUAUGACCCAGAUUGGAAUCCGUCGACUGACGUGCAAGCGCGCGAACGGGCAUGGCGCCUCGGUCAAAAGAAGGACGUCACCAUCUUCCGCCUGAUGACCUCCGGCACAAUCGAGGAGAAGAUUUAUCAUCGCCAAAUCUUCAAGCAGUUUUUGACGAAUAAGAUUCUUCGAGAUCCUAAGCAGCGGCGAUUCUUCAAGAUGAAUGACUUGCAUGAUUUGUUUAGUCUUGGUUCAGAGGCAUUCGACGGGACAGAAACGGGUGAUAUGUUUCUUGGUACUGAAAAGACCUAUGCAGCGCCUGACGCCAAGAAGAAAGGGCGACAAGCAGAGGAAGCGCAGCUUGCAACGCUGGAUGGUGUGGCUGCGCUUGAGACCUUUUCAGCACAGGGCACUGCCGCUGCAGAAGAUCAAACGGGCGAGGAGAAUGUGCUUGAGAGCAUCUUUGCGCGGAGUGGUGUACAAAGUGCACUGGAGCACGAUCAAAUCAUGGAUGCUGCGCGACCAGAGCAGCUACUGGUUGAAAGAGAGGCUAAUAGAAUCGCCAAAGAAGCAGCUGAAACACUGAAACAAUCACGAAGGGAAGCACAGCGCCAACCAAUUGGUACUCCAACCUUCACAGGACGCUUUGGAGGUGGUCAGGGGUCAGGUGGGCUGCUAGCGGGUAUGGCACGACGCCGGGAGGCCGAGACUGGCGAGCCUGUCUUGUCGAUUGCAAAGUUGAGUGAUCCUGGCCGUGCUGCCCUCAUCAAGCGCAUUGCUGCGUUCCUGGGCCGGCAUGGUGAGGAUGGUGUUGCGAGUCAGGGGAUUGUGGAUGAGUUUGGGGUGAAUGUCGAGGGAGCAGAAGAGGUGACGCUCUUCAAGAAGAUGCUCCGGCAGAUUGCGGUGUUCAAGAACCGUCGAUGGGCCUUGAAGGAGGAGUACCGGUGA